GAAAAAAAAUUAAAAAAAAAAAAAAUUGCACGAAGAUGAAACGUUGCUCUCUCUCUCUCUCUGUGGUUCCUAAAAAAAGGCUUCACAGAGAACAAAGCGAGGGUUUUGAGAACUGAGAGAAAAGUAAACACUGAGGAGAGAAUUUCUCUAGAGAUUGAAAGUUCUUGAUUGAGAUAAUCACGCAGAAACUGGAGUCUUCUUCUCUGUUUUAGCUGUGUCGCUUAUCUGCUAGGGUUUCAUUUGAUUUUUUGUGUAUUAAUUUAUCAAGGAUUGAAAUGGUAUUUAAUUGGUGAAACUAAUAAUUUUGAUCUUUGGAUUAUUGCUGCUCUGCAAAACUGAGAUUUAUCCUUCACUCCUGCAAGUGGAUUGAAACGGUCUUUAAUUGGUGAAACUAUCAAUAAUUGUGAUCUUGGGAUAAUUGCUGCUCCAUGAAACUGAGAUUUAUGUGCCUGGUUAGCCUGUAAUAAUAUUGCUGACGAAGGUAACUGUUCUCAAUGGAAAAAAUGGGAUCAGUAUACCACAAGGACUUAUUUAAUACUUGGAGUUGUGGAAUGUGAAGCACUAUGACACUUGAAGAUUUCUUUACCUUGACUGAGAUGAAAGAUGGGCUCACAGCCCUUUCUCGUGUGCACGAGCUGGUUGCUGUAAUGCAGAAAGAGAAAGAUUGUAUUGUGAAGAACAUUGGUGAUGCAACCAGGCAGUGGGCUGCUGUUGCAAGCACAAUUGCUGCUACAGAGAAUAAAGAAUGUCUUGAUCUUUUUAUUCAAUUAGAUGGGCUUUGGUUUAUAGAUAGAUGGUUAAAGGAUGCUCUAAGGUUUGUUAGUGACACAGCUGAUGGCUUUGUAGAAGAGUCUAUUACUGCACUGUUAAGAGCACUGGAAAAACUGAAAAUAGACAAGGAGAGGUGUGUUUCUUCUGGUAUCUGGAUCACUAUCAAUAAUCUUCUUGACCACAGUAGCUCUCGUGUUCAGGAUAGAGCAAGAGCACUGUUUGAUAGCUGGAAUCAAGGUAGGGUAACUGAUGCAAUUCAUCAUGAUAACAAGAGUGCGGGGGCAUUUUGUGAUGCCAUUGUGCUCACCAGUGAGAACAAGGGAGCAGAAUAUGCUGCUGUUCUUCCAAAAGGAAAUGCUGAUGUGGAAAAUAAUGCAGCUGAACCUGUUGCGGAUGAAAAUUUGCAAUCAAGAAGUCCAAAUCGUCUUCAAUCAGAAAGGGUUGAAGAUGUACAGAUUCAAACUCAUGGAAACUUGGAAGAUAGACCCCCAGAUCCUCUUAGCACGCCUAUAAUGUCAAAUUCUGUUCAGGAGAGUCCUCAAUUAAAGGAUAAGUCCUUGGGUAAUGGUGAAGGAACUACUGCAACUGAGACUCAUAGUUUUGCAAUUCCAAAGGAACAAAAUACUGAACUGGAGUUAGAUGCUUCAAAGAAGCUUGGCAGUUUCACUGACAACUCGGGUAUGGUAGCUUCUCCCUCUGUUAAGGUGGAACCUGGAGCUAGUUCUUCUAGUGCUGAUGCCACCUGUGCUAAAGAGGUAUUGGCAGAACCUGCAUAUCAAAACAAUGUUGAUGCCAAAGAGGAUGAUUCUGCUCCAAACAGUACUGCAAUUGUUGAUGCAGGAACAUCUGUAUCUCCACCAAAAGCUGGGACAGAAGAUGUGUUCAAGUCUAUGGCUAAAGAUGAUUGUUCUCCUGACAAUCUGCAGGAUUCAUCUGACAGUGACAGAAAAUUAGUAAAAACUGAGUAUUUAGGGACUCCUUUUUCGCGGAUGGCAGACAUUGGAGCAGUGGAUGAUGAUCGGCAGCAUAGCAGUGAUGGAGCUGAAGAUUUAAGAGAUGAUUCUGAUUUUUCUAAGGCAGACGUGGACACCCAGAGCCCCGAUCCAAUUGACAGGAGGAGAUCUGAUAUUGAACUUGAAUAUGGAAUAGUUGAUGCUCUCGAAGUUGCUCGACAAGUUGCACAAGAAGUGGAAAGAGAGGUGGUAGAUUACAGAGAACCAUCUUGCAGCUCAUCUUCAGAGAAAAUAAUGGAAAGUGGUGUUAGGAAGCCAGGUAGCCCAGAUUCUAUAAAUGCGAAGCAGGACUCACGUGUGGAGGUCCCUCUAGAAGACAUUCCAACCGGACAAAAUCAGCCUGCUGAGGCAUAUCCUGGGGAAGAGGGGCACUUAAUUAGUUCCAAUAAUAUGGAAACUGAAGCAAAAAAUGGCACACAUGAUUUGGAGUCCUCGCAGGUGACUGAAGUGGCUCCAGAGCCAGAAGUUAAAACAGAGAAAGAGUUAUGUACGUUUGAUCUGAAUCUAGAAGUCUGUUCUGAUGAUAUGGAUCGUCCAGUGAAUCCCAUCUCAACUCCAAUUUCAGUUGUUUCAGCUUCAAGGCCAGCAGCAGCAUCUGGAUGUCCUUCAGCACCUUUGCAGUUUGAGGGCAUUCUUGGAUGGAAAGGAUCUGCAGCUACUAGUGCUUUUCGACCAGCUUCACCACGCAAGACUUUUGAUGGUGACAAGAAUCUAGAGGCUGGGGGAACCAGCAGUAGUUCAAAACAGAGACAGGACAGCCUUGAUAUUGAUCUCAAUGUGGCUGAAGAUGGUGAUGAGAAGGUGAUGGACUUUAUUUCAGGAAGACAAAUUCCAGUCUCAUCUGGCCUGCAUUCUGGGGAAUCUUCACUAGAAGUGGGUCUAAGAAGGUCAGAAAGGCCCAACUUGGAUUUAAAUUGUAUUAGCAAUGAUGCUGAUGGUCCGCCUUCAGGUUUGAGGAUGGAGGGACAGCUGUUCUACCCCCGGAAUGGCCAUCGCAGCCCAUCUCCUGCAUCUUCGUCAUCGUCUAUGCAGCCUUCACUGAGGAAUUUUGAUUUGAAUGAUAGGCCUCUUUUCCACAAUGAUUCUUUGGAUCAAGGUCUCCAUCUUGGCAACCAAAAUGUAAGUGCUUUUGGAGGUUCUAAAUUGGGUGAUCCUGUUAUUUCUAUCAUGGGUACCAGAGUUGAAGUGGGUAGUAGAGCGGAAGCCAGGAGAGCAGAUUUUGUUCCUCAAAAUCCAUCCUUGCCAAAUGGCAAGCCUCUGGAUCCUACAGUGGAAGCAAAUGUGUCCAGAAUGGGGGGUGUUCUUGGGAUUCCAACAGCUUCAUACACACAUUCUCCUAUUUUUGGGUACAAUGGACUGACCACAGCGCCUUCCAUGUCCAUCUCCUCGGCGGUGUAUGGAUCUGGUGCCUCCAUACCUUACAUGGUAGAUUCAAGGGGAACCCCUGUGGUGCCUCAAAUUUUGGGUUCUACAUCUGCUGUUCCUCCUGCUUAUUCCCAACCCUCUUUCAUGAUGAGUAUGACCAGUGCACUACCUCUAAGUUUAAAUGGUGCAGGGCCCUCACGGCCUAACUUUGAUCUAAAUUCUGGUUUUGCAAUUGAAGGAGGUCCUGGGGGUUUGAGGCAACUUUUCAUGACUGGUCAAAGCAGAUCAAUGGAGGAGCAUCUGAGGGGCAACUUGCAACCCUCCUCGAGCUCUGGAGUGGGUGGGAAAAGGAGGGAACCAGAUGGUGGUUGGGAGCCUUUCUCGUUACAAUAUAAACAUCCACAGCCUCCAUGGAGAUAGACACAUCCAAAUAGCCGAAGUUCCUCUCUUGGUAUAAAGUUCAUAAAUCCAAUCGAGCUGAUUGAAGUUUGGAUUGCCAAGAUAAUUUUAACGAGUAUGCAAGCCCAUUGGCUUCAGCGAGGUGGAGGAACUGAAUAAAAAUGGGGGAAUUUAUGAAUGUAAUAUGAUUCAUGAGAUUAAUUGCCGAAGAAAAAAAAUUUUAGGUUUUAUUUGUUUUAGUUUCUUAUUUUCAUUUCUGUGUUUCAUAGAUCAUCGCAGUUAUAGAAGCUUGGUACAUGUAGCUGUAAUAUGUUUUUUCUCAUAUAGCACAGAAAAUUAAAGGAACUAAUAGCCUCUAUGGCCUAGUUUUUGCAACAUUUCUAGGAUUGAAGGUAGUCGGCUAAUUCUGAUCGCUUCUUUUUCAUUGUAGUUCUCUUGAAUGCAAUCGAGUGAUCCAAUACGUUUUUUUUCC